CCAAGUGACACUUACACUGGAACCCUUGCUGGCGGAUCAUUUGGGAAACUUGUAAUUUACGUCAAUGUUUUUCUGAAAGUGACGAGGAAGGACCCCCCGUAGAAUUUUAAGAGGAAUAUUUGGGAGGGCGUGAAGAGACUCAUGGAGGCUUCUUUUAUUUGCUAUUGAGAAGUAAGAAGUCUGUAACUCAUAAUGGCAUCUAGCUCGGUUAGCCAGGAAGAUGUGGAAGUAGAUUUUGAGACUUCCUCAAGGAGAUCAAGGAUUCGCACUGCUCGUGCACGCAAUAUCAAUCCCACUUCUCGGCCAGGGGACCCAUCCCAAAUGCCUAUGCUGCAUUUAACUGUACCAGGUGAAGCAGAUGAAGAGUGUGAAGGGAGUGACCGUGAUGGUGGUGGUGGAGGGGGAGGGGGUGGAUUGUUCCCAGGAGCUCCUGACCAUGAUGCAAGCCCCAAACCAGCUACCAGGCUGAAAGAGAAGAGAAUGAACAGACCUAACCAUACCAAUAAAGGCAAACAGCAAAGGGAUCGACGUAAGCUUCGUGAAAAGAGACGUAGCACUGGAGUGGUCCAUCUUCCAUCAACAGAGUCAACGGGAGGCAGCACUGGAGAAGAUGAAGAGUUGCUGUCAAUGACAGCAGAGACUCGCCGUAACACUCACUACAACGAACAUAUAGAGAAAGAGAAACAGGCUGCAGCUGGGGACCAUCAUGCUGUUAUCUCUGGUACUCCAUCUGCAUCUGACCACAAGCACAAGAAAUCCUUUACAAGUCAUAGAAAUAAAAGCCCAAGUGACUUGGAAGCUGAUGAUGAAGAUAACCAAGAUUAUGAUUCUCUUACUGGAAUGAGCGACUCAACCUUGUCGCUUGUCCAGCCUGCAAAAAGUGCUCUCCAUUCAUCAAAUAAUUUACAGACUACACGACCACCAGCCAAUGGCAGGCCAGCCACCCCAACUUCAGAAAGUGUUGAUGAGCUUUUGGAGAGUGCUAGAGAAGAAAAUAGACGUCUACUUGGUUUGUUGGAGGAACGUGAUCGCCGCAUUACCCUGUUAGAGUCUCGGCUUUCAAUCCUCACAGGAGAGCUAGCUCAAGCUUGUAACGACCGCUCUAAUUUACGUCAGGAGAACAAUGCUCUUAUACAUGCUAUGGCAUCUCUCACAGCUAAGUAACAGUGGAAGUUUGCAUUUUGACAACUUAUAUGCAGAUGAGCUAGAGACACUCAUGAAGUAGCCAGCUUCUUCUGUGUUGUUGCAGCUAGUAUAUAAUUGAUUCUGCAUCAAUUAAAAAGUUGAUUCUGAGGCAUUAUGAGAGUCUUUCUUGUCUUCUUGCCUCAGUGCAGAAGUGCUUCUGUGAUUGUUCUAAUGGUAACCGAGGAUGCUCAUAAAAUCCUUAAAGCUUUGCUGUAAGUUUGUUUGGCUGUUUCAGGAGUGUCUGCAUCAUAAUUUUAUCUCUGUACUAGGGGCUUUACAUAAUUUAUAGCUUUUUUCACUAGUUUGGCCAGCUGUACAUUUAACCAACUUGCUUCAACAAGUUAAUUUGAAAAAGAAAUUACUUACAGUAGUAAUUGUAGCUGCCAUAAUCAUGCCAUUUGGCAGUGUUGCAUGCUUUACAAGGUCGUAAUUCGGAACCAGCCACUGCCCAGUUGUGUUUUCUGACUUUUUUAUCCAUUUGUUAAUUGUGUAUGAACAAUUUUGGUUCUCUGUACACGAAAAAUUCAUAUAGCCUUGUAGUCUUUGGAGCACAUGAGUUGGUGAAAUAAUUUUUAAGUAUUACCAAAAUAUGUCAAGACAAUUUUGCAUUUUAUAUGUGGAUAAUUUGGCUCGCACCAAUUUAUAAUUGUGUAUGUGAUGCAUAACAAGAGUAUAGUUCUGUGUACCUUAAACCUUUGCAGUAUUGGACCAUUAGGAACAUUGGACGAGUUUUUUUGUAUAAUUUAAAAUAAUCUCACCUUAUUUUAAACAAUUUCCCUUUGUAUGUGACAUAAAAACACCUCCAUUGUUUUUGGGAAAUGAUUGGCACAGCACUCGACUCUUUCCCAAAUGUUUGGAAUUUGCCUAAACCUAUCAUUUAGCAUAUUUAGUUUCCGAGUGUAAUUUUUUAAUUUAAUAUGUAUUUUAAGCUUUUAAAUAAGAUGCUGAAGGUUUUGGAGGUGAAUGGAUGCAUUAGAUUUGGAUAAGUGGAGAGGAUAAAUCUUCAUGAAACAUCCACGAAAGUUCCAUAUCACAUAUGCAACUUUUAUGUAGAAAAUAUUGCGAGUGUUUUGCAACAACUUUCGUGCACAAGUGAAAUCUGGCACAAAUCCAUUGAAGUUCUAUGCAUCAUUUUAAUGAUAGAGGAUAAAUGAAAUGCUUGUGUAUUCACUGAGACAGCAAGGACAUUUUUAUACAGAUGAAAGUAUGAUUUGAGUACAGAAUAUAAUGGAAAAAAUAGAUUAAUGUAUGUACCAUUUUUUAUGGUACAUAUUCAUAGUGUAUCUGAUGUUAUCAGUCAGUAGCAAAUCCUAAAUGCUCUGUAAAAAUUUCAUUCUGUGAUGGCUGCAAUUUAAAGUAUAUUCAGCCAAAUUUGUAGUCUUUGGAGCACGUGAGUUGGUGAUUUUUUUUUUUUUUUUUUUUUUUUUUUUUUUUUUUUUUUUUUUUUUUUUUUGCUAUGCUACAUUUUCACUACUGCCUUUCCAAUGGACUUAGCUACUGAGUAAUGUUAGGUUUAUUUUUAUGCUUCUUUACCCAGUCACAGUUGUCUUCCUUUUCACAAUAAAAUUUUUAUGCUUCUUUACCCAGUCACAGUUGUCUUCCUUUUCACAAUAAACAUGCAUUUUCAGAAUGCAAAAGGUGGAGCUUAGUUGAAUGGAUUAUAUCUGUAUGCAAUAGGCAAAAGUUCAGUGAAAGGGAGGGAGAAAGGAUAAGAAUAGAUUGCUUGUUACUGUCAUAAAACUGAUAGUGUAUAAUACAGUGCUUAGUAUUUAACUAUGUUACUCAUGAUUAUGAUUUGUAUGUAACAUUUCUGAAAUUUUAGACAAUUUUUGGUGAUAGUUGUUACAGAAAAGUGUAACAGAGUACAAUUAUACUCAUGAACAGCACUAAGUUACAGUGUUGGCAUAAAUCAUGGUAUUAUAAUAUGCAUAUUUUUCCAGAUUUGAACUCUGUGGGAAGUGUUUGGUUAUUGUAAUACUAUGUAUGUCUUUGUGAAAAGGAAAGGAUCUGUAGGUGUCAGGAAUCUGUUUUUAUAUGAUGUUUUGAUUGCCCAUUCAAUGCAAGAGAAAUACCAAAGACCUUAAGAACCACAUGUAUACUGACAUUCUUGAUAAAAUCAAAAUACAUCAAAAUAAAUUUUCUCUUGUACAGUACGAACCAAGUUCGAGGUACUGUAUUCUACAUUCUUAUAGUACCUGUUAUCUUUGUAAUGUCAGAGUUGAAAAAUUAGUCGAUGUAGUAUUUACUAUAUGAAUCUGAUAGUUUUCAUUGAUGAUUACAAUCUUUAGAAUGUGUGAUUUCCAGUAUAGAUCUGAUUCCUUGGCUGUGUGUGUUAUGUGAAUGUAAAUUCUGUUGAUUUAUUACCUUUGGGCAUGUUUUGAGUUUAACCAUGGGUUAAACAUAGGACAGAUUUUCCAUAAAAUUCAUCAAAUAGCUUUCUUCUAUAAAUAUGGAAGUUAUCCAUGGUUUUUAAGGGAGUAGUUGAUACAAAUUCCAUUUCAGAGUGAGUUUUUGGUAAUUGGAGCUAUUCCAUGUGCUCAAGAAUUACAAGGUUAUGUUUUUUUUUUUUCUUUUUUUACACACAUUAUACUACAAUUAUAGGUUGCCAAAUGAUCUGAAGCUGCAAUGACAUUAAAACUUUUAUAUUAUUAUUAUUAGUUAUUAUUAUUAUAAUAUGCUACCUAUUAAAGAUGUUGAUUGUGAGAGUUAGUCAUUUAUCAUGGUAAAGUACAAAAUUUGAUCAUGAAUUUCAGUAAAUUAUAUUUUUCAUAGAGCAGCUAUUAUUAUAAUAUGGUAUAUGUCAGAAUAUGACUGCUAAAUGUAUUAUUUUAAUGUUUUACAAACUUGUGUGUAAUAUAAGUUGGAAAAAUUACUGUACUCUAUCGCAUUUGUGUCACUCAGCACCCAGAAGUCCAGCUACUUCAAUCUGAGCAACUGUUCGUUUGAUGCUUUGCACCUGUCAUUGGAAGGAAUGGCCAUAUGCAAUACCAGGCCAGAUGUAAUACAGUUAGUAACUAGGGAUGGAGGCAAAAUCCAACACCAUCUGUUGGUAUAAUUUCAGAAUCACUUGUUUCUGGGGCUGUAUGCAGUUUUGGUGUCUUAGUGUUUUUUAAUUUUUUGUUGUGAUUGAGUAGUUACUUAUUUUAUUUGUAAAGUGCUUAUGGUUUUUUUUGCCAUAUACUCAGGAUAUUCCUUUGUGUUAUUACAAUUUUUGUGUUCUAUACAACUUUUUAUUCUCAUAUGAUUUGCUUAAAAUUUGGUAAUUUGUGUUCGUUUUAAGAUCUUCUGAGCAAUAUAGGGUAUUAUGACAGAUUUUUGUAGUUAAAUGAAAAAGUUCUUUGCUCUCUAUUUUUUAUGAUUUUUUUAUCAUUUAGUGUGCAGUCUUGGAUUGAGCCAGUUAUUAGAUAUUUUUAUUUUUUAUGCCUCUAUUGAUGAAGGAUAAAUGUUUAACCAAGAUUCUCUAGAUAGGAGUAUGAUAUUUAAGCAAAACUGAAACUGCUUUAGAAACCCUUUCUUAUAUUGCGCUAAUUUGAGUCGGUACACACAAUUGUACCUCAGCAUUACAAAAGCAAUAUUGUCAGCUUUGUUUUGUAUUGUACGCUAGUUUUUCUCUUAAGUGGUUUUCAUUUUAUCCAAGUACAGUGGUACCUCGAGAUACGAAAUUAAUCCGUUCUGAGGUGGCCUUCGUAUCAUGAGUUUUUCAUAUCUUGAACCGCAUUUUACAUGUAAAAGGCCUAAUCCGUUCCAAGCCCUACAAAAACACCCCAGUAAAUUAUAUUUCCAGGCCUACAACACAUGUUCUAGGGUUACGACGCCGAUCCGACGGAAGAAAUAUGACUCCAAAAGGCAAAAUAUUGUACAUACUUGAGUAAUAUUCAACUGCAUGUAAUGUUCAACCCCAUUUUUACUGCAUAUAUUAGGACUUUAGCAUAUGUCCCUUAGCAAUUAGCCUAGCCUAUAUUAGCAGUUGCUACUGUAACCUAGUCUAUGAUUCUGACAUCUAAACCUAAGAAGCUAAAAGCUUAGAAUAUGCCAAUAAAAUGUAUAAAUAAUCAGUAUGUACUCAUUUCAAAUAAUUAUUAAUUAAUCAUUAACUAUAAUACACAAACAAACAAAAAAACCUUCCAAUCGUUUGUUUACAUUCAGCUCUUACGAGUAUCAAACGAACGCCAAGCAAUCACUUUUCCAAGGACACAGUAAGCCAUAAAUUUUCAUUAGUAUCUCUCUUCAACUAAUGAAACUACCAAACAGUAUAAUAACCAUUCAUUUUUAUUCUUUAUUCUAUCUUUACCUAAUGGAGAUACCAAGUUACUGACAGCUAUAAUGGAACAUAUACAUAAUGUAAUAUUAAAACAAGAAGAAUUCUAAAAAAUAUGUAUUUGUUGGCUUCGAUGAUAGCAGUCUGAUUUAUUUUAUAUUUUAUGAUAUCUAAUUCACAUUUUUUUUUUAUUAAAUGCAUUGCAUGUACUCAUUUCAAAUAAUUGUUAAGUAACCAUUAACUUUAAUAAACAAAAACAAAGAAAAAGCUUCCAAACUCCUGUUUACAUCCAACACUUACGAGUACUGAAUGAUCGCCAAGCAAUCACUUUUCCUAGUACACAGUAAGCCAUAAAUUUUCAUUAUCUCUCUUCAACUACUGAAACUACCAAACAGUAUAAUAACCAUUCAUUUCUAUUCUUUAUUCUAUCUUUACCUAAUGUUUUUUUGUUAUUAAAUGUAUUGCAUGAAUAAGUUUUUAAAUUUACAGCAUCCUUUUACCAAUAGAAUACAUAAAGCACAAGGGGUAGAUGCUGACCAAAAGGAACCAAUGGGAGAGUGGGAGGAUGGUGGCGAGUUUACUCAGUUGGUGGGGCGCUGGUUUUAAAAUUGUUCUCGGUGGUCCGGGCGAAUCUCGGGACUUUACAGCAACAACCUUUCGUAACUUGAGCAAUUUUCGCAUGUAGAACCGUAAAAUUUUUCGUAUUUGCUUUCGUAUCUCGAGUUUUUCGUAAGUUGAGCCUUUCGUAUGUCGAGGUACCACUGUAUAAAUAUUUUUUCUUCUGCUUGCAGAAGAAUUUUAAACUGUUUUGAUUGCUUUCAUGAAGACUUACAUUGAAUGUUUUGAGGCACUUUGCCUUCAGAAGUGAGAUCUUAGUUUAUUUCUUCAUCAUAGGGGGUUAGAGAUAUAUUGCUUAUAAAGAGUUUACUUGCAAGACUGCUUGUAAAGUUUACUUGUAAGACAAAUACGUUAUAUGAAAAAUCUCCACUUGCCUUUGGAUGGGAGAUUCAGUUUCUUUCUACCUCAUAUGGGCUGAAACAGUUGAUAAGAUUAUGGCCAUCAUUUAAUGUGUUUUAGUUCUGGAGGGGCAAGGUAAUGUAUCUUAUACACUAAAUGUGCCACUGUUUUACCACUAAAUGUAUUUACUAGCCUGCCUUAUCAUGAGAUCUGCUGUGUAUGUGAGCACACACCGAGAGGAACAGUUAGUCUGUUGAGACCUCCCUGCCUGACAAGAAUAGUAGUACUGUACGUAUAAAGUUUUAAUCUAUUACUAGGAAGUCUAGUUAUGUAAAUUAAUUAAAAAUACAUACUUUGACAUUGACUGAAAUGACAUGUUUCAAAUAUGACCUGUGAGAGUUACAAAAGAGCCCUUAAAAUUGGAAUGGUCUGGAUGAAGAGACAUGCUUCAAGAAGCACAUGUCAUUUAAUUCAGUUAUUAAAGGUGAUUUUGAUAUAUCAGCCAAAAUAAGAACCUGAUUAGGAACAGUAUUGUCAACCAAAAGACCAUGUUGAGGAAAUUCAUUCCAAAUUUUAGUUGGGCUGUUACUUUUGUGGGGUUACUGAGCUAUUUUCAAAAUUAUUUUUCAAUGCAUGUCACUGGAAAGUUUAAAGUGAUUGAUUACUUAUAAUAUUGUUUCAUGGUUAUUACUAGUCACUUAAAAAAUAAAACUUUAGAAUGUUUUUUUUUUUUUUUUUUUUUUUUUUUUUUUUUUUUAAUGAUCAGAAAUGAAUUUGAAUGCCCUUAGGUCUUGAGGUUUUAGGUUGAGGUUUCGAGUCUUCAAAGGACUUCGAUAAAAUUUUGCCCUUCAAGUUUUUAAACUUGAGCAGACGGUAGGUUGUACGUUAUCCUAUUGAAAAAUUUACAUAACUAGAAUGUCUUAUACUUUCUAAGUAGAUAGGUAGAGUUUAGCACUUCUUUUUUUCCUCCUAAAUAUCCACAACUCUGUUACUCUUGGUUACACUUUAUAUGGUGUCGAUACCAAAAAUAGUUUUAGGAUCAUAAAAAGAUUUUAUUUUUUUGGUACUUAACUCAACAUACUGUACAAUAUGGUGUCAGUUAUCAUUUUUUGCUUGAUUAAUAAGUGCAUUGGGUUUGGCAACUAUGGGCUCUUACCUUGAGCAGCCAGUAUAAAUAUAUCCAUUGUCAACAGUCCAUAGAUACAUAGUAUAAUUAUUAGUUUAUUAUUUUAUGCAGAUUUUUGCCACAAGUUUUCCCCAACAAGGAUCCCUAGUUGUCAAUUGCGCUAUAUUUUAGUGCAAGGACAUGAUUUUGAUUAUCUAAUGUCCUGUAUCAGAACAAAAUCUGCUCAGACUGUAGUAGUUGUGUUUCCAGGUGCUGGCUUAAGAUUGUAGAAAGUGUUCUAUCUGUCCCGUUUAUUGGUAAAAGGAACAUAAGGUGUUUGUUUUGACAUAUUGAUGUAAGCUUAUUUUGCUUUCUUUGAUUUCUAAAAUUACCGUCCAGUCAACAGUAAGUUAAAAUUGUCAAAUCUGAAAUAUCAAAUUUUUAUUUAUCAUAAUUACAGUAAUUUCUAGGAAUAUUGAUAAACUUGCCAUGGUUUGUUUUUUCAUCCAUACAGUAUUAUCAAGAAUUGUGCCAUAAAAAUAUGUAAAAAAUUAAUCUAAUGAUUUCAUCUCCAGUUUCCUUUUGGAAAUAAUUUGGUUGAUCAUCUUUAAAAAUCUCAGAGAGAAAGAACAGAGAACUUCAUUGAGAUAUUGUAAAGUAAAUUGGAAAAGUUUGGCACAGUUGGCAUGUAAAGGUGCUGUCACAUGGGUCAUUUUCUGGUAGAGUUUACUCUCAAGCAGCCAAUAGUGGCAGCAAAAAUGGAAAUUGCUCAUGUUCGUCACCUUACAGCUAGAGAUUGAGACCUUUGUUUGUAUGGAAAGAAUAGCCUUUCCAAUACAUUUGGAAAUGUCAGUAGUUAAUUUAAAUCAGUACAGUAGAAGCAUGAUUUUAGUUAUAUUUUUUAUUGUCCUAGAAAAUCAUUUCUUUAAUAAUUAUUUUGAUGUAAAGUUUCACCACAGGCAAGGUAUCAUAUGUAUGAUAUCAUCUCUUUUGAAGCCAAAUUUACCGCAAGUUUAGCAUUGUCCUAUAAAUUUAAUAUUCCAAUUGAUAAGCUUAUUAACAAAAUGAAUAGUACAGCAACAGCUUUACUCUACAUUGUUAAAUGCUUAUUGACUGCUUGGUGUUUACAGCAUUAAACAGUUCAGUACAUAUAUCUGACAACUGGCAUGUGACAACAUAAGUACUUUCUGGUGCCCCUAUUAGUGAUAUGGCAUCCCAAGAUGCUAAAAAAAUUUGUGACAGCACCUUGAGUCAUACUAUGACAUAAGUUGGGCCAUAUUUUUCUAGUGUAAUUUAAAUUAGUCUUAUAAGACCAUCUCAGAGCAUUUCAGGGACUUUUAUAGAUCACAAGAUCCAAGCUAACAUUAUCUUCAGCCCUAUUUUGUUAGCUAGUUCAGUGCAAUUUAACCAUAGCAAUAUGUUGUCAGACUUCAUAUUAAAACAGACAUGAAAAUUAUAUUGAGAACCAAAUCAUUUUUCAAUCCUCUUCAAAGCUCUGAGAUUGUCACAUGGUACUAAGAUUAUUAGAGAAAAAAUGUGUAUUGUUUAGCUUAUCAGUUGUAAUAGUUUUACCUUAAAAUGCAUAUUUUAAUUUCCUGAGCAUGUCUCCCCUACACUUAUUCAACUUUCCAUCUAAUGUUUAUAAUCUUACCUCAGUAUUAUGAAUAAAAAAUUAAGUUUUGUAAUAUUAUUUUUUCCAAUGUCGUUUCUUUCAUUGAGUGAGAGAAAAGUUGGAAGCUGGUUGAAUGAAACUAAUAGUACCUCCCGCAAGCAAAUGUUGUGGUUAUUUUAAGAAUUGCAUUUAAAGGUUGGUUGAUAGGGGAGUAGACAUCAUUAGCAUAUUUUACUUUUCACUUGAUCUAUAAGUGGAAGUAAUCAAAGUUACUGACUUAAGUGAAUAUAAUCAGCUUGAUAUAUGAGAGGAAGUCCAUACAUGUUCCAUCUUAAAUGUUUAAGUAUUUAUUGAUUGAAGUUACAGAUUCAUUUUAUUAGCUGUAAUCUACUAAUCUACUCUUGUAUUCGUUAUUUUUGUAAACAUUUGCAGAUGUAAUUGAGAGUUGACUGCCACAAUUUUAUUGAUGGAAAAGGAUUUAACAACUUUAAAGGUUGUUUAUCCCAUCUAUAUUUUCUCUAGUAGAAUAGUAAAUAUUUAAGGUAAAUGUAGAUAAUUCUCUCUCUCUCUCUCUCUCUCUCUCUCUCUCUCUCUCUCUCUCUCUCUCUCUCUCUCUCUCUCUCUCUCUCUCUCUCUCUCUGAGAGAGAGCUGUGAUUAACUUACUGUCAUGGCCAUAUUUGUUUGCAGUAGAAUUUCAUGUACUGUAUGUACUAUCAUCACAAAGAUGAAUUGCUGAAAAUAGCAUUAAGUUCAUUUUUACCUAGGUGACUUUACCUUUGUCACCAAAAUCUUGAAACUGCACAUUGUCUAGAUCAUUUACAUUUUAUUUUUGUUUCUCAUUAUGAAAGUGAAUGAUUUGCUUAGUUUUUCUGAAGAGCCAUAGUUGUUUGUGAGCAUUUUGUAAGUACUGUUGCAUCUGUUUUACAGUGUAUUUUCAUCUGUGAUGACACUUUCCAAAACUUGUCUUACAAAAUUUGAUCAGAUAAGCACGGAAGUGCCUCAAAGCUUGUACAAAUUAGCCUGACAGUGGUCAAUGACGUAGGUAGUGUCUUUUGUCCGUAAUUGCAAGAAGUGAUUCCAUAAAAAGCCUGGAGCACUUUCUGAUAUCCAUGUUAUAACAUGCAUGCAUGUUAAGCUUUUAACAACUUUCUGUAUUAGCUUCAGUGAAAUCAAUGUAGGUGCCCAGCAGAUCCAACAAAAAUAACCAAACAUGAGUCAGUAGCUAUGGUAGAUUUAGUUAAAAUACAUGAAAAAAUUUAAAUCUUAAAUACUAUUUAUAGAUUUUUAAAUGCCAUGUUUAAAGAACUCAUAUAAUGAGUUACCAGCUAAACUAACUAUAUUACUGGUUUAAAUGUUUUAAGUGAUCAUUAUAUUUAUGUGAAUGCACAUCUCUUGAUUUGGUAUGAGAUUGUUUCUGCCUUGCAAAGUACCAUACUUUGUGUUAAAUGUUUAAUUUUAUUGUUAAUGUAAUUUCAGUCACUGAUGUGGCAAGUUACUGUUCUAAUUUUGGGUUGUUUCUUUAUAACAGGCCAGUUAUCCUUUGCUUGAAUGUCAAAUUGGAUUUCAUAAUUUCUUCCACAUAUGUCUUGUUAAUACUGUUUUGCUUUUUGACAGGCAUUGCAUACAGUUUGGAAUCAUUUUUUAUUGAUGUUGACUGUAAUAACAUAAUCAGUUCUAAGUUACAUACUAGGUGGUUGAAAUUCAUAUACAAAACUAAAGGUUAAAAUAAAAAAAACUUUUGAUGUUAAUGUAACAAUUGGGUUCAACAAUCAAAAUCAUUGUAAAAGAAAGUAGAAAAUUAGAAAUCUUUUGAAAGAGAGACUUGGAAACCUUAAUCUAUUUAAGAAAUUGGUGGCUUUAGUUAUUUAAGAUUUAUUAUGAUGAAUACAAUUUAUAAAACUAGUAAAGAGAACGUGUCUGUGUGUUUGAUGGUCAAACAUAUCAAUACCACGUUAUAAGGCCAUUGUUCUAAGUAAACUAAAAAAAUAAAAAUAAGGAAUUGUAGAUACCCAAUUUACUUUGUGUAGUGAAUAGAAAGUCAUAUACUACAAGAAUUUUUUACUUUAGAUGAAAUCUAGCUUAUGUAUAUGUACAAUAUUUAAAAUUAUGCAAGAGUACCGGUCAUGAGAAGUGAUCUAUUAAGAUAGUGGCUUUGUGAUGAGGCAAAAAAUGCAUCCACUCACUUUUUUUAAUUAUACACUGUAGUAUUUGGAAAAAUUUGGCGGAAGAAUAUUAGACACAACUUGUGCAGGAUUUUCGUCUACAGGGAAAGGCCUUUAGUUUUCAGUGAAAUAAUGUAUUAUAAACAAACCUCUUAAAUUGAAUUAAGAAGUAAUGUAAUAUGUACGGUAACAAACAUAAUUUCAAUAGUUAUUAAAAGCUCUAAGGUUGUAAUAAAUGAUAUAUGUAAAAAAGAACAGUUGAAUGGCAAAUUGACAACCUUGCUUCACAUUUUCAUGGAGGUUGAAGUUAAUUUAUAUUUAUAUUAUUACAAUUUUCUUUUAAAGCACUGUAGAUGUAUAGGGUGGAAUAUAAUAAUCCACAUUUAGUUUGUCAUUGGAAAACACUUCUACAAAGAACAAGCUCCAAAUUGGUGACAGGCAGGAGCAAAGUUUAACUUCAAUGUGUAAAUCUGUAUAACACUUUGUCUAGGUUAUGUCAGUUUACAUUCAAGUUACAUUCAGUAGCCUCAUAGGUCUGAUGUGCACUAUGCAAGUGCUCUGCUUGUUGUUUUUAAUCUUUAUUUUUUAACAGUUUAUGCUGCAAACAUUCUGUGACGUUCAGUAUAGUGUUAGGUACGUAAUGAAUUACCCAAGACUGUUUUAACAAAAUUUUAAAAAAAAUUAACUCUCACUUGCUUUCUUUCCAGUAUGGAAAAAAAUGUAAUUUGAAUUCAUUAAGGUAUUUAAGAAGUGUAGUACAUAACUGCUGGUAAACUUCAGUGUUGCAUGAUGUCAUUGUAGGAUAUACUACUGUGUACCUUACGAGAUUUGUUUAUUGCAGUACUGCAUUUGUCUUUCAAACAUAUAAACUAAGCUAUUAGGUAGUGUCAUAUUCUCCUAGAGCCCAAUAUAGUAUUGAUUGCUCAUUCUCAAUUGUCUUAGAAUAUCAGUCAUUCCUAGUAAAGUAUGGUAUCUCAAGACUAUAAAGAGAUGCAAAGGUCUUCAUGAAUAAAGCAAUGUAUUUUGUUUGUGAAUACUAAGUGUGCAUUAGAUGCUAAGAGCCUGCUGUCAGUAGAAGGGCCUUAACACUCAUUUUGUUAAGAGAAUCACUGGUACCUAAUGUUUUGGAGGCUGUGGAUUUCUAGUGCUACAUUUGAUAUGAAACAAUCUUGGCACUUUUAAAGAGCAUGUAGUUUUGUAUGGUCCAAAUUCAUGUGCCAGCAAGAUUUGUAUUCUUUAUGUACACUCGCGCGAUGUGAUUUUGGUUUUUUGUUACAGUAAAUAGUGUUACUUUAAAAUUUCAAGUUCAGAUAAGAUUUCAUUACUUUCAGCUUUUGUGAAAUGGAUGUACUACCUUUAGUUAGACUAAAUUUAACAUUGCAUUUACAUGUAUUUUAUAUUUUGUAUCCAUUUAUAAGUAUUGCAGAUUUUUCAUCCAUGAAAUGCUAUGAUAUAGCAUUAGCAAUUUUGCAUCUUAAAUUUUGAGUAAACAAAUAUUUAAAAAAUGAUUGUCAUCUAGGUUGUUCAUUAGCCAGUAUGUAUACUGAAAGGAGAAUUUAUUUCAUUUACAGGUAAUAAUUUUUAAAGGAAGUAAGAGAUGUUUUUGAAAUUUUCCUCCUUUAGUCAAUGAUUACACCAGUCUUUCAGUUUUAUCACUGGUGUCAACCCAUGAAGGUAGACAGGUAUUCUUAUCUGUAUAUUUGGGAUUCUCUACCACUCUUGUAGGCUGUUUCCAUGUUAAUCUGUAUUUUGCAUUAGUGAUAUUAUUAUUAUUAUUAUUAUUAUUAGGCUUAACUAAACCACCAACUUAGGGCAUUGCAAUCGUGGCCUAGCCAAAUUUGCAUGAAACCUCUUGGGAAUUCAAGAGAUUAAUUUGGAAUCUUUGUUUUAAAACCUGGGUGGGAGUCACUUUGUAUGUGAACAUCUUAUGUACCUGGACAUUUAAGGACAAAUGUUACUAGUUUUGGAAGAAGCAUAUGGAAAUGGCAUAUAAUUUUCCUAAUGCUGCAUUAUAUUUUGAUACUGUACAAAAUUUGAUCCAUACAGUAAUACUUUACUGCUUGUAAUUUUAUCAUAGUGCAUGGAUUCCAUCACCAGUGUACUAAUGCUUAUGAAUUUUUAUAAAGCCAUACACAGGUAGACCAUGCACUGUGGGUUUUACUUUGCUUAAGUUCACUAACAUAAAGGGGUAGAAGAUCUUUGGUGAAUGAGAAGAUGAAUGAGAUUACAAUACUGAUUUAUAAAGUAGUAACUGAUACGGAAAUUAUUAUUAUUGUUAUUCAGUAGGUGAAACCUAUCCAUAUGGAACAAGUCCACGGGGGCCAUUGACUUGAAAUUCAAGCUUCCAAAGAUGAUGAUGUUCAUUAGGAAGAAGUAAGAGGAAGUAAAGGGAAAUACAGAAAGACAAGAUCUCACUUUUAGCGUCAGAAGCAACUGGUUGACAAGGUGGGACCAGCAGACUUGAGAAAGUUUCUUGGUGGUCUGGUUAUAUGAAUACUAUUGAAUAGAUGUAGUUUUAGGUAAAAUAUUGCUUGCGAGUCCCUUUUUAGUUUAAUCCUUAAUUAUACAUACUAGGUUUGGGUUUCUCUUCAGGUAUAGAAAAAAUUUUCUGUACGUCCAUUUCAUUUCAUUUUAUAUCCUAAAUAGUUUUGCACCCAUUGCACUCAAAGGCUGGUAACUAAUGGAAUCUGAACUUGUUUAAGUAUGGGAUCAAAUUUACUGUUAACAAGAAAACGUUCUAACUGCUUUUUGACAUAAUUAUAAGCACCUAGACUAAAUGCUUACUUAUAUCUUGAAUAUACAAAGAUGUUUUUGCUUCUCUGUUUGCACUUUUUGUAGUAAAAGGACAAGGUCAACCACUCACAAAAUCUACUUAUAGUAUGGAGUUUCUCGGAAAAUAGAAAUUUAUCUAUGUAGUCAAGAUUUGUGAACACCAUUCAGUGAAAAUGUGAUACUUUCCUGUACUUAAUUAGUAUUGGUUAUUUUUAUUUAUUCUGGUAAUAUUAGAAUUUGGAUCUAUAUUGAUUAAGUAUUUCAGGUGGAUUCUUUAAUUAUAUUUUGUUUUUGUUUUUUCUGUGAUAGGUUCUUCGUACAUUACAAGUGUAUAAUAUUGUGCAGCUUUUGACAUGUGUGAAGAAAAAUUUCUAUAACCUGGACAACUUCUAUAAAAAAUUCAAGGUCACCUUUCUCAAAGUUUCUCUUCUUUUUUUCAUUUGAUAUUGUUGGACAAACUGUUUUCAGUCUACAUUUAGAGGUUCUGAAUUCUUCUCAGCUAGAGAGAUUAUUUUCAUGCUUGCUUACUGGUAUGACAAGAUGUGAAAGCUUAUAUCAUGCACAUGUCUGAUAGGUAGUUUGGGUGUGAUUUUUUUUUUUUUUUUUUUUUUUAAUAAAAAAUGCUAUAGUAUUAUGUUUGAUGGGUUGUCACAUGGACCUUGGGUAGAAGUGAAGUAAUAGGGUGUCCUGCAUGUUUACAAAGACAUGGAAAUCCCUUUUACAUCUCAAUUCAUGAAGAAUUGUCAAGGGCCUUCCUUAUUUCAAUCUGCAUUUGGUUUGAAGGUCAAAUAUUCAUUUGGAGUUGUAUAGAGUAAAUGAAUAGAAAAUACAGGGUAGAAUUUCAUUACCUUCAAAGAAAGAAUGAAAACAAGUUCUUCAAGAUGUUUUGGUACAACAUGGUGCAUUUUAAAAAAUUGGCAGAUGUUUUUGAAGUUUUUCUUGCUUGUUAUGAAGAUGAUGGAUUUGUAUGCAGUUUGGAAAAAGUUGUGUUAAAAAAAAAAGCGAAUUCUGUGAUAAUCUUCACUGGUGAGUCAUGACAUUUAUUGGUGGUCACUAAAAUUGUUUGAGCAAUUUGAUUUAUAAUGCCUCUUUUGGUUUGAUUUAGAAAAAGCUUAGGUUUUCUACGUAUUUCUGAGUGUUCACCAUAUUGUUUCUGUGUAGGCUGGUCUACCAGGUAUACUGACAGGAGUUAAUUACAAUAAACAAUGCUUAUAUUUUAAAAUGCUGCCAUGACAUCUUUCUUCACAUUCCCUAUUGCAGCUUUAGCUUUAUCUUGCAAUAUUAUUUUUAAGAAUUGUAUUUUUAUAACUGUUCUUGAGUCUUACUUAACUGUGAUUGUUGCUUUUGACUGGAAUUAAAUCAAACUGUAUGCUGUUUGCAAUUGAUAAUAUCAGUAACUAUGAGACUUGCUUUUGGCAUUAUAGAAUGUUCUGCAUUUGGUUCAGUGUGGCUGAUUGGUUCAUUCUUAGUGCGAGGAAAAAUUUAUAACACCUUUCAGAGGCAAGUAAUGUCACUGUUGUUAUUUUACAUUAUUGUUAUUAUGUAUUACUGACAUGAAAUAAAAUUGAGAAUCUGUUCUCAUAUAUUAAA